AUGAGUCAUAUUAAAAGUGUACUAUUAAAUUAUUUUGGUCUGAUUGAUGUGCCUGAUUAUUCUACCUCUGCUGCCACCACUCACUAUCUGUAUGCUGUCUCUGCCCCAUCAACUACUGCUGCUGCUGCUUCACCAUCACUGCUACUGUUUACUACUGCCUCUCUGCCUUUCUCUGGUGCUGUCAGGGUCUCUGUCUGUCAAAUAACAGAUAUUAGAGUCCCUGUCUGGUUCACAAAGCUGGUUCUAGAGGAGCAGAAGGAGAAGAAGAAGAAGAAGAAGAAGAAGAAGAAGAAGAAGAAGUGGAAGAAGAAGAAGAAGAGAGAGAAGAAGAAUGAUAAUAAUAAUAAAGAUGAUGAUAAUGAUGAUUAA